CUGCUGGAUCUCAGCAAGAACCGCAUUAGGACCAUCAACCCAGAUGAGUUUGCCAGCUUUCCCAACCUUGAACACCUGGAGCUCAGUGAAAACACAAUCUCCACUAUUGAACCUGGAGCAUUCAACAACCUUUAUGGUUUGCGGACACUGGGGCUGCGUAGCAACAAGCUUAAGCUGAUCCAGCUUGGUGUCUUCACGGGCCUGAGCAAUCUCACACAGCUGGACAUAAGUGAGAACAAGAUCGUCAUCCUGUUGGACUACAUGUUCCAGGAUUUGUACAACCUCCGUUCUUUAGAGGUGGGUGAUAAUGACCUGGUUUUCAUUUCCCACCGGGCUUUCCAUGGCCUAAGUAGUCUUGAACAUCUGAGUCUUGAGAAGUGCAACUUGUCCUCUGUGCCAACAGAGGCUUUUACCCACCUCCACAGUUUGAUUACCCUUAGGCUGCGACAGCUCAAUAUCAAUGUCAUACGGGAUUACUCCUUUAAACGCCUCUAUCGACUGAAAGUGCUGGAAAUAGCCAAUUGGCCGUAUUUGGAUACGAUGACCCCAAAUUGCUUGUAUGGAUUAAAUCUCACCUCCCUGACCAUUGCAAAUGCCAACCUAACCACAAUUCCUUAUGUAGCCCUGCGGCACUUAGUUUAUUUGCGCUUUCUAAAUCUUUCAUAUAACCCUAUCCAUACCAUUGAAGGGAAUAAGCUCCAUGAUCUCCUGCGUCUGCAAGAGUUCCACCUUGUUGGAGGCAGACUGGCAAUGAUUGAACCCUACUCUUUCCGUGGUCUUAACUACCUGAAGAUUCUAAAUGUAUCCGGAAAUGCUCUUAGCACUUUAGAGGAGUCUGCUUUCCAUUCAGUUGGCAACCUUGAGACCCUUGCCUUGUACGAUAACCCCCUGGCCUGUGACUGCCGACUGUUAUGGGUUUUCCGAAGACGCUGGAGGCUGAACUUCAACAGACAGCAGCCCACCUGUGCCUCCCCUGAGUUUGUCCAAGGCAAAGAAUUCAAAGACUUCCCGGAUGUUCUGCAGCCUAACUAUUUCACAUGUCGCAAGUCUAGGAUUAGGGAUCGCAAACCCCAGCAGAAAUUUGUUGACGAGGGAGCCAUUGUUCAUUUUGCUUGCCAGGCAGAUGGAGAUCCUGCUCCAGUGAUAAUGUGGCUAUCCCCACAGAAAAGGGUUAUCACUACCAAGACGAUUGGAAGGCUCUCUGUGUUGCCAGAUGGUACCCUUGAGGUACGGUAUGCCCAGAUUCAAGACAAUGGUACAUAUGUGUGUAUAGCUAGCAAUGCAGGUGGAAAUGACACCUCUCUUGCUCACCUGCACAUUCAUAGCUACUCGCCUGACUGGCCACAACAGCCAAACAAGACUUUUGCUUUCAUCUCCAACCAGCCCACAGAAACUGGUGCUAAUGGCACAAGAGCCAAUGUCCCUUUCUCGUUUGAUAUAAAGACACUGAUCAUUGCAACCACAAUGGGCUUCAUUUCUUUUCUUGGUGUUGUCUUGUUUUGUCUUGUACUGCUCUUCCUUUGGAGCAGAGGUAAAGGUAACACCAAGCACAACAUUGAGAUCGAGUAUGUGCCACGGAAAUCAGACGCUGGCAUGAGCAGCAGCACGGUGGACGCUCCCCGCAAGUUUAACAUGAAAAUGAUUUAACAGAGCUGUGGGAUUUAUUAAUUUUGAACUUAAAAAUAAGACAAAUGGAAAAGAAGACAUUUUCUUUCCUCUCUUACAAACCUGUGGAUCCUGGUCUGUUAACAUAGAGUAAUAUGUUUUUUCCUGACUGAAGGACCAGAGAGAAGGGCAGUUUCUGACUUUCACAAGCGAGAGGGCAUGAAAACACACCCGGUGCUACAGGACACUGGUGAUUUGUAAAAGGCUUCUGGGGGCAUUAACUGAUCAGUCAGAUUUGUCAAAAGCACUUGUGGAUUUAUACUGGGAAAAAUAUAUCAGAAAGGAAAAACACUUCAAACCGCCAGAAUGCUUGGGGCAGAUCAUAUUUUGGCCAUUGCUGUUUAUUGUCUGUGUUUUUUAUUUAGUAUUUGUUUUAAUUUCCAGGUUUAAGUGUCAGGUUAUGAAUGAAAUUUGUAUCGGUUGAUGGGCACAUUUAUACAGCAUUGAUGCAUUUUAAGUACAUCAUCAUUACAAUACAUCAGUGUUAUAUUUGUGAAUGCAAUGUGCUACAUAUGGUCUUUUACCUUUCCUACACUGAUGAUUGUUCUGUGAUCCAUCAAGUGUAUAUCUGUGUCACAUUACCUGACGAACUUUGUUGAAAGAGUAUGCCCUAGAAAUUAACAAACAUACACAACACAGUAUAGGACAAUGAUGACAACGGGAAAUACAAAACUGUUAGCGAUAUGUUAAACUUGAUCAGAAUGUCAACAGCUGAUUCCUAGCCAACCUCUUGACCAAGAAAGUACAAUAAAUGGUACUGUAAAACAGUUUACACUGGUCAUUAUCUGACCUGAAAACUGAAUGGUAUACAUAAAUAAGUGCUGUGAAACUACACUGAGUCAGUACCUUUACUAUUAAUAAUUUUCAGUACUUCAUUGUAAAAAUCAGCAAGACGUUAUGUAAGAAUAAUUGCACUGUUAGAAAGAUAAACAAACUAUUUAGUUUUGAAAAGUAGCAUACAAUCAUUGUUAAAUGUGUCUCUUAUAGGAUUUUAGAAUUGGGGAAAUGCUCUUAUCUAUCAUCAUCAGUGUCACUCAUCCCUAAUUUUCACGUGCACACACAUGGAUUGGGGGCAUGAUACAGAGAGAAAUGUGAGAUGUUGUUGAUAUGAUGCUCCGUACUAACAAUAGAUGCAGCAUCUUACCUAUAGUGCUGCCAUUAAACAGAAUAGUUGGCGUUGGUACCUUGAUUCUAAAAGCGCUUAUUCCUGACCUUUUAAACUGCAUUUCAAAAACUAUUAUAUAAUGGUAUUAUUUUGUGCUCAACAUGACUACAAGGAAUAUAAAUUGUGGUGCUCACAUGUUUGGAUACAAUGUGCCCCUCACUGUUUGUUAUUUUUUCUCGAUUGUUUAAUGAAAUCAGUGAUUUACUUAUGCCGAUGCCCCCUCCCCCCAUUGAAGCCAUGGAAAUAUUACCUUCCAGAUCAUUGACAGGUUUGCUGUUCCCCAGAAAUGUGCAUUGUUUGUCAGGAGAAAAAGAACUGCCACAUUUUAUGCUCCCAGUUGGUCCUGCAUAUAAAAUCUGAGGUCAGAGCCUUACCUUUUCAUGUACACACUGUGGACAGCUGGGCUUUGCAAAUGUGCAUGAGGAUAAAGGCUAAGUUAUUUGUGAUGGAUGGCGUUACAGACAACGACACAGUAAUGGCCUGGAAGUAUGGACUGAAUAUGCAGAUGGUUAGAGUGACACAGAUGGAGCACCCAUGGAGCAAUCUGAAGCAGCUUUGGUGUAAUCCAUUUUGCAUAAAGGAAAAAAACAGUUGAUAUGGCUCAUGGUUCUCCCUCUUGCUGAUUAUGAAUGCUCUCUUUGUUCAAAGUGUGGCUACUGUACCCAGCCUUUUUUGGUCCCAAGUGAUCCCACAAUUUUCUUUUCCUUCUUUCUUUAUUUUGACCCUGGACUAUAUUGACCAUGUAGUCCAAGCAAACUUUUUACAAAUGCUACUAAAAAAAGAAAUCUAUGGAAAAUACAUUCAAAUUGUUCUGUGCAAUAAAGCUAAUA